UAUAUGGGAAAUAACUAGAACCAGAAGAUGGCAGUAAUGCAACGUUAAGGAUGCAAGCUGCCGUUAAAACCCAAAGAAGAAGAAGGGGGCGCUGCUUAUCAACAACGGUUCUUAAACGAUGACCGAGGACGCGACUAUUCACAAAAGCAAGCGGUUCUCAAAUGGAUUUUUAGGUCACAAUGGACCCAUUUGACAGCUCCGAUUCUCUGGAAGGGCCAUCAAAGGCUGCGGCGACAAACGCAGAGGUACCGGUGCCGUGGUCGCGCUUCUCUGCCUGGCUCGAAUGUGUGUGCGUCGUUACCUUCGACCUCGAGCUCGGACAAGCCAUAGAGCUCGUUUACCCACAUGAUGUCAAACUCACAGAGAAAGAGAAAACAAGCAUCUGUUACUUAUCGUUUCCUGACUCAUACUCAGGAUGCCUGGGGGACACACAGUUCAGCUUCAGACUGCGGCAGUCGGUGGGCCGCUGUAGCUCUUGGUUUGGACAUGAGGAUGCAUACAACAGGGUUGCACCUGUGACCCUGCAGAAGGAGCAUGCACAUUUCCACGGGUAUGUGUAUUUCAGGCAAGUGAAAGAUGUGUCUGUGAAAAGGGGUUACUUUCAGAAGUCUCUGGUGGUGGUGUCCAGACUGCCGUUUGUGAACCUUUUCCAUUCGCUGCUGCAGGUCAUUGCUCCUGAGUACUUUGAAAAGCACGAACCUUGUCUGGAGACAGUCUGUAAUGAGAUUGACCAAUGGCCAGCGCCAGUACCAGGACAGACACUCAACUUACCUGUGAUGGGUGUGGUGAUGCAGGUUAGAAUUCCCUCAAAAGUCGAAACACCUGGAGGAAGCCCUGUAAAACAACCACAAACAGAGAAUCUGCUCCCUGCCCCCACGGUUCUUCCAUCAGUUCACGAGUUGGAUCAUUUUAAAUGUUUCCAGUCAGUCUUGAUUCACGUGCAGAUGCUCUGGGAGCUCAUGUUGCUAGGAGAGCCAGUGGUUGUCAUGGCACCCUCUCCAACCGUCUCCUCGGAGACUGUGCUGGCCCUAGUCAGUGCUAUCGCCCCACUGCGCUACUGUGGUGAUUACAGACCUUACUUCACCAUUCAUGACAGUGAGUUCAAGGAGUACACAACCAGGACUCAGGCUCCGCCCAAUGUGAUACUUGGUGUCACAAAUCCUUUCUUUAUAAAGACCCUUCAAUGCUGGCCACACAUUAUUCGCCUCGGAGACCUGAAGAUGUCUGGUGAUUUACCAAAGCAAGUGAAGGUCAAGAAACUGGCAAAGUUAAAAACACUGGAUACUAAAACAGGUAUAUACACAGCAUACAAGACCUUCCUACACAAAGACAAAGCCUUCAUUAAGCGACUCUUAAAGGGUAUCCAGAAAAAAAGGCCAUCAGAAGUGCAGAGUGCCAUUUUGAGGCGGCAUCUGUUGGAGCAAACGGAGAGUUUCAUUCUUCCGCUGGAACGAUAUUUGGAAAGCCUAAUGCCGCUGCAGAGAUCAAUGUCUCCAUGGAAGACCCCUCCUCAGAUCCGGUCCUUCUCUCAGGAUGAGUUCAUGAAGACCCUGGAGCAAGCGGGGCCGCAACUAACACUGAAAGGAGAUUGGACAGGCCUGUACAGGCGUUUUUUCCGUUCACCAAACUUUGAUGGCUGGUAUCGGCUCAGGCACAGAGAGAUGACUCAGAAAGUGGAAUGUCUUCAUUUAGAGGCCAUCUGUGCAGCUGAUCUGUUUACAUGGACCAAAGACAAAUCAGAGGUGGAGAUUGUUGACCUCACCCUGAAGCUUCGGGAGAAACUGAUGAGAGCUCGAAAACACCAGCUUCCAGUGAAAGAAGAACUUCUAGAGAGAUUAGAGCAGUCCAUCCAGACCAUCAUCAGCUCCUUGCCAGAGGAUCUACAGACAUUAUUACACAGACAAUGACAAUCAGACCCACGUGAACAACACUGACCAGCAGAUCCACUGAUACAUACAUAGACUGUCUGUCUAGAAUAUACCAGCUAUAUAUGAACCCAUAACACCCGCACAGGUAUCAACCCACAUUUCUUCUGCUGGUAAACCCAUACACUACCUGAGAGGCCUUUCAUUUUGGAUGUACAGUACUGGAGAGAAACAACAGAUACUGCUGCUAUAUGAGGUCCUAGACGACACAUGAAGAACACAGAAAACAUUGAUACUUAGAUUAAAAUCAUUUUAAUUCCUCAGCUAGACUUUACGCCAGAUUUUAGAUGUCUGCUAAAUUUAACAUGCACCAAGUAUUUAAAGCCUGCAGUCAGUUAGCACUGCAUGACAUUUAUUUUAUAAAUCAACAUUUAGUCAAAUAGAUUAAUUAAAGGAUGAACAAAUUGACUUUUAAUUGGAAUAUGCAGCAUGUAUUUAGCACAUGCAGUGAAGUUCAUAAAUCUGUAUGACAUGUUCAUUUAAGAUGCUUUUAUGAUUAUUUAUUAAAUAUCAAUGCUUUUAUUCCAGUGAUGUUUUUAGUUAUUAUUUAGGGACAUUUUGAAGCUCAUUGGCAUACCUGACCCAUAAAAGACACUGCAGCACUUUUGGCUAUUAUUUAUUUAUUUAUUUAAUACCUUACCUGAUCUUUUACCUUUGCACAGGUACACCUCUACUGUGUCGUUUGGCCAGUUUUUAUUAU